AUGGAUGAAAACUUCUUACGCAAUUGCUAUGUCAUACGAAAUUCUGAACAACAACAACAACAACAUAAUCAUCAUCGUUAUAUGCGUUUUGAUGAUCAUCGUUCGUUUACAGAACAACAACCACAACAACAAUCGGCAUUGUCACCUCCUAUUGAUAAAUAUCAUUUUACCUAUUUGGCUUUAUUUUGUUGUGGUAUUGGAUUUUUAUUGCCUUAUUCAAUCUAUAUAACAUGUGUUGAUUAUUUUCAUGCACAAUUUCCACAAACAGCAAUUAUAUUUCAUUUAAAUUUUAUUUAUAUUAUUUUGGCAUUUAGUACAGUUUUAUUUAGUAACAUUAUUGCAAAUAUUCUAUCUGUUAAACAUCGUGUUAUAUUUGGUUAUUGUAUUACAUUAAUUAUACUUAUGUUUAUUACUAUUUUUUGUGUUGGUUUAGAAAUUUUUCCACAACAAUGGUCAUAUUCUAUUUUUCUAUUAUCUGUUGCUAUAAUAGCUGUUGGAUGUACAUUACAACAAUCAAGUUUCUAUGGACUAACAAGCAUGUUACCAUCUCGAUAUACACAAGCUGUUAUGACAGGUGAAAGUUUUGCUGGUCUGCUUGCAUCUUGUGCUCGAAUUAGUACAAAUUUAUUUAUGUCAAAUGAUAGUCAUUUAAGCACAAUAUUAUUUUUUUCACUUGGACUUCUAUUUGUACAAUUUUGUUUUAUAUUUUAUCUUAUUCUUCAACGUUCAACAUUUAUUGAAUAUUAUGUUCAUCAAUGUGAAAAUGCAAAAAAAAAUGAAGAAAUUGAAUUUCAAAUUCGAUGUCAUGCAGCAUCAAUUAAUUCUAAACAGACAAUAAUUGAUGAUAAUGAAGAAAAUCUUGAAUCAAAUACAUCAACUAUUCAAGAUCCUCAUUUUGGUAUUUUAACUGUUGAUACAUUUGAUGAUCAACAACCAAUUAUUUCAUCAGCGAAUCAAUAUUCACUAAAAUUAUGGUUUCGAAUAAAACGUGAAUGGCAUCGUCGAUUAGAUUGUAUAAAAGUAAUUUGGCCUUAUAUGAUUUCUAUAGCAUGCACUUAUUUAGUAACUUUAUCAUUAUUUCCUGGUGUUGAAUCUGAAAUGAUUAAUUGUCAAUGGCGUGAAUGGUUACCGAUUACUUUAAUGGCUUUAUUUAAUAUAUUUGAUGUUUGUGGUAAAAUGUUUGCACUUAUUGCUCAUCAUAUGUUAUCACCAAUUCAAUUAUUUAUCUGUAGUCUUUUACGUUUAAUUUAUAUACCAUUAAUGAUUUUAUGUAUUUUACCAAAACAUGCAGCAUAUUUAUCAAAUUUAUUUUGGCAAUUCUUUUUUUCAAGUACACUUGGUUUAACAAAUGGUUAUUUUGGUAGUGUACCAAUGAUUCGUGCACCAAUGACAAUUAUUGAAGAACGAAAAGAAUUAACUGGAAAUUUAAUGAUGUUUUCUUAUUCUGUUGGACUAACAGUUGGUAGUCUUAUUUCGUAUUUACUUGAUGCAAUCAUUGGUCAAAGUCCUGGUGUUGAUUGGUGUCAAACACUAUCAUUACUCAAUCAAACAACAUGGACUAUUAUUAACAACACCAGUUAUAAUGACAGCAACUCUUGA